UACCUAGUAGCGGAGGUAUCCAGAAAGAGGGCAGAUUCUUAUUAAAUUUUUUAGGUAUGAAAAAAUAUUUUAUUUUUUCUUUAUUCCUGUAUUUAUUAAUUCCGUCCUCAUUUGGAACAAAAUUAGCUCACCUCUUAAAUAAUGAUCAAGAAAAAAUAACUUUAAAUAUUCUUGAUGAAGAAAUUGCAAAAAUAAUGGAAGAAGCUAAGGAGAAUUUAAAGGACCCUUUAAAAAAUAAACCAGGAAAGAGUGAAAUUGAAGAGAUAAAAGAGGAUGAGGAUUUUGAAGUGAAAGAGGAGGAAAAUGUUGAAAUUAAAAAUAACGUAUUCUCUCUAAAAAUAGCUCCGGGGGAUAUUUUUGAUACCUCUAGAGGACUAGAGAGGGGGGGGGAGUGUUUAGAGGGGGCUAUUUCAGAGGGGGAGGCUAUUUUAGAAAGGGACUAUUUUAGAGAAAAUACGGCAAUUUUGAGGCUUCUUCCUCUUCAAGUUUAA